AUGGCAAGCGUGUGCCCGACGGCGGUGAGCGGAUUCCGCGAGAAGGAGCGCCUCUUCUACGACUCCUUCGACAGCAGCGACAUCCGCUGGAACUUCGAGAAGUUCCUCGUCGACCGCGACGGGAAGCCCUACAAGCGGAUCUACCCGGACCAGCUGCCGGAGACGCUGCAGGGCGACGUCGCGAGGCUGGUGCAGACGGGCGCCCGAGCCGAGACUACGUACCCCGAGUACGGCGACUAUGGGGGCCGGAUGCCAUCGCUGCACUAUGUGUAAAACUUAAACCUCAACCUGUUAAACCUGUUAAAACCUCGUGUUUAAAAAUAUGGGGGGGGGGGGAGAAAAAAAAUUUACUACGCUGCCAACACUCCUUCCUGAGCAAUGCAUUCCAUGGAAUAACGAGAAAAGAAUUCCGGAUCAGGUCGAUCAGAAGAAUGACGGAACGUUCGGAAAACUCCUCCGGAGUCGAAAUGUCCCCGAGGCGACGGCGCAAUGAGAGAAUUUCCAUCUUGAUCGUGCGUUCAGGUUCUCUCCUCUGCGCCGGGAUUUUUUGAUCGGCCUUUCCCGAAAUCUCUUUUUCUCCGUUUUCAGGUUGCUCCCGUCUUUCUCUCGAUGUCGCCUUUAUUUCUGCAAUAAAGGACCAUUUGGUUCUAAAGCGGUCUUGACCUUGGCACAGAC